AUGAUAAUUCAAGGAAUAGCUGGAACAGGUAAAUCAUAUCUGAUUCAUGCAAUUCGUCAAACUCUUAAUGAUGCAUCAGGAUCACAAUGUUCUCCCUUAUUAUUACUAGCACCAACUGGAGUUGCAGCAUUUAACAUUGGUGCAUCAACAAUUCAUUCAACUCUACGAAUACCUAUUGCAGAUUUUGCUGAAUUAGAAGGCACAAGACUCACAAGUCUCCAAGAAGAAAUUCAACAUAUUAAAUAUAUAUUGAUUGACGAAAUGAGUUUUAUUGGACAAAAUUUGUUACAAAAUAUUGAUUCAAGACUACGUCAAGCUUUUCCUGAAAAAUCAAACAUGAGUUUUGGUGGAAGAUCAAUCAUUUUGGUGUUUAGACAAGAUGGAGAAACUGAAGACCAACAAAGGUUUUGCCAAUUACUCACAAAUAUUAGAGAUGCACAUCCAACUAUAGAUGAUUGGAAAUUAUUGAUGACAAGAACAGAUGCUUCAUUACAUCCAACAAUUAAGGAGGAGUUUGAUAAUAAUAUUCAUCUAUUUGCAACAAAUGACAAUGUGCAUAACCAUAAUAGAAAAAAGUUAUAUGCAUUAAGAAGACCAAUAGCCCGAAGCAUUGCAAGUAAAGAAGGUAGUACUAAUCCAGCAGGAGGUCAAAAUGAUGAGUUAGAUGUUGAAUUAUUAAUUUCUAAGGAUGCAAGGGUCAUGUUAACAUCUAAUUUAUGGAUAGAAGCGGGUCUUGUGAAUGGAGCUUUAGGAUACAUCCGAAAUAUCAUAUACAAACCUGGAUGUGCCCCACCAGAUCCACCAACAUAUGUUAUCGUUGAAUUUGACAAUUAUUCUGGACUUCCUUUUGAAGAUGCAUCUCCUAAUUUGAUUCCUAUUUCACCAAUACAAAGGGGCCAUACACAAGCGGGUCUUGUGAAUGGAGCUUUAGGAUACAUCCGAAAUAUCAUAUACAAACCUGGAUGUGCCCCACCAGAUCCACCAACAUAUGUUAUGGUUGAAUUUGACAAUUAUUCUGGACUUCCUUUUGAAGAUGCAUCUCCUAAUUUGAUUCCUAUUUCACCAAUACAAAGGGGCCGUACACGUCAAUUGCCACUACGACUGGCUUGGGCACUAACAAUCCAUAAAUCACAAGGAUUGACUCUUUCAAAGGCAACAAUUGACAUAGGACCAAGAGAAAGGUCAGGAUUAACAUUUGUUGCUAUAUCACGUGUUAAGGCCUUGGAUGGAAUUAGAAUCUCACCACCAUUUUCAUAUGAUCAUUAUGAAAAAAUGAAGAGAGGAAAGCAACUCACCAAAAGGAAAGCAGAGGAAGAAAGACUCAAAUCUUUGGAAACAUAA